CAAAUCGAAUUCAAUGGAAUUUGUGUGCUCGGUAUAAUUCAUUUACAAGUUGGUGCAUGAUACAAAUUAUGUAGUCGCAUCAUGAGAUAGUAUAUGCAAAAGCAGAGAGUACAUGAUGAAGCAAGAUUUCCUCGAUAUACAUAUCAUAUUAUGUAAAUAAAUCUAUUUUAUAUAAUGGCAUUCUCGUUUCGAGCUGGAACAAAUUGGUGUCAUGAUUUUCCAAAACUGGCCAAAGAGUCGGGGUUUUAUUUUAAUAUGCACGGAUCUCGAGUGCGAGUUGACUGGAAUCGCAUAAGCGCCAUAGACAUUGACAGAGUUAUACAUGAAAGAGAUUUCUGGACUAUAGAUGAAAACAUUAACAAUGUAAUAGAUUACUGUCUAGAAAAUGAAUAUGAUACCAAGAUCUUGGAUCCUAAUUUUGUUAAGUUAUUUAGACUUGCACAAUUGUCAGUUGAGUAUUUAUUGUAUUGUAAGCAAUAUUUAGAUCAUAGUGUAAUAAUACUGAAAGAUGAGUUAAGACAGAAGAUAGAGCAAAAUGUGAGCAUGAAGAAAGAAAUUGCUACUUUAGAGGAUACUGUAAAAAGUUUGAAGGAAAAGUCAAAAGAGAAACGUAAAUUACUUGAAACAAGUGUGAGUGAAAUUUCUAAUGGAGAAAUUUAUAAGUGUCCGCAUUGUCCAAAAGCAUUUGUACGUGCCAUCUUUGUAAACGCUCAUAUAGCACGCAAACAUUCAUAUAUUUCGGACAUGGGUGUAACUGUUUCCCCUGUACAUGAACAUUAUAGAGCAGAAACAGAAAAGCUGCAUAAUGAGAUAAAGACUUUAAAAGAAAGACUUAAUCAAACCGAAAGAGUAAUAAGGAACGAAUCUGAUAGAUUGCUAGAUAACACAGAGAAGAGAUAUUUAAAAAAUACAAGUCAAACUGAAUCUGAUAUCGGCAAAUUAGAUAGAUUUGAAGACCAAAAAAGAUAUCAAGAAGAUAUUGGUAGUUUGAGGAACAUAUUGUUUGAUGAAAUACGUGCAUUAAGAGAAAAAGAUCAUACCUCCUUAAAUGAGAGCAUUUUCGAAACAAAUAUUAAGUCUUUACUUAGGCAACAAGAAAAAGAGAUUGAAAGUUUAAGAAAUCAGCUUUUAGAAAGGUUAACUCCAGGCAUGGAAAAUAUGCAGAUAAAAUUGCAAACACAAGAGAAUUAUUGGAAGGCUAAAAUAAAAGAUAUGGAAGCUCAACACAAUAAUGAUAUCGAAAGAUUAACUGCAGAAUUGAAAGCAACUCAGCAAAUAACUGAUCGUAUAAAAUCGGAGUACGCCGUUAAAGUACACGAUUUAGAAAAACAGUCUAUGGAUCAGUCACAUAUACUGGUCGAACAAAGAAAACAGUUAAAUAGCUUAUCACGUGAAAUCAGUAACACUCAACCACAGAUCACAAAUUAUAAAACUAAGGGAAAAAACUGGGAAGAAGACCAUGAAUCUUCUCUAUUGGAGGUAAAACUUAAUACCACUUACAAUGAUAGCGAAAUUAACCGAAAGAAUUUAAGUGGCAUUAGAAAUACUGAAAUGAUGAUUGAAGACGUUGAUAAUGAAUCUAGUCAAGAAUACAGUGACAAACUGAUGUCACAUAAUGACAAAGAUGAUGUAAAAACUAAAGAUAACAGAAAAUUUACUGCUAAUUUUAACAGAGCUAAAGAACAUGCGUUUGAACGGUCUAAUCUAAAAAAUUCAUCGAUGAAGUCUAAACUUGUUGGAAAACCAAAAGACAAAUCAAAACGUUACAAUACAUUAAAUGAUGCGAACGAAAUAACUGAUCGUACAAGUAAUAACUUUACUAUUAACGAAAACAUUAUUAGUAGACAAAAUAACAAUCACGCAGAUGUUAGAAGCACCGAAAAGAAAAACAUGAAAAAUAGUAGAAUACCCAAAGUUUUAAGCAAAUAUACCGAGAGUUCCAUAACAGAAUCUGAGUCUCCCUCGUCGAUAUCGGAGUCAGAAUCCGAUAGUGAAAGUAUUACGGCGGACAAUAGUGUCACAGUAAAACAGUCUCCCGCUAUCAAAAAGAUAUCGGUACAGGAAGAUGCGCAAAGUAUGUUUGAUAAUCGAUUGCGAGAAUUGGGAAUUGAUCCGGAAUGGCAAGGAAUAUCUAUCGCAACAUACAAGCAAAAGAUGGAGAUUAUAAGACAUCAACAAAAUAUUACUGCAAAAAAGUUAUCUCAGUACAUUCAAAUAAAACAAAAAAUACUUGAAGACGUUCUUCGCAAAUUAUCGGCAAAUCAUAAGAAGUUGAAAUAUGACACGCUUACAACGAAUUCCCCGUCAAAUAAGUUAGUUACUCAUGUCCGAUCGAAGACUGUAAAAGUAAUUAACCAUGAAGAUGAAGGCAACAAGUCUAAUCAGAAAGCACAGAACACGACACCGUCGAAAUUGCGUUUAAAUCAGAAGAUCGAGCUUCUUCCGCAAAAAUACAAAGAUAAGAAAUUAUUCGAGAACACGCCACAUGAAUCACCAUUGAAAAUAAAUAAAGUACAGACAGAUGUUCUUAUCAGUCCGAAAGUGAGUUUGACACACGCCAGAUUGAUUCGAAACAUUUCCUCUUCGAGUUCUGUUGAAUCUCAAGAAGAUGUAAAAACACAAAUUUCGUCUACAAAAAUAAUUGUAUCGGAUACCGCACGUAAAGCAAGUUCUCCGAUCAACAGGAAACUCAUAACAGCGCCGAAGUUUUCCGAUAACGACUCGAAUACGAUUGUGCACCAAGAUUCACUUGUAUCUUCAAAAUACAAUAAAGGUGUUCUGAAGCCGACAAGUGCUUCAGAUGGUAGCUUGAUAAAAAAGAAAGUUUUGUUUGAUUUAGAUGACGAAAAUACGACAGUGUUGAAAAGUGACCAAGGAAAAGAUCAAAUACAUGAUUUCAGUAGCUUAAGCUUUCCUGAGAGAAGAGAAAACACGUUGCAGAAGGAAAAGUCAUUGAGCACGGGUAACAUUGUCUUAAAAACUUCACAAAGCGACAAAAUCGCAGAAAUAUCGAAGAAAAUACAGGAACAGCUGAAUAUAGCAAGAAAACCACCAGUAGGAUCAGUUGAAACCAUCUUUCGAUCUACUUCAAGCUCUCAAGAUUUAACAAACUUUAAUUUAACAAAUAAUUUGAGUAAUCAGUCGAUGAAUUCUCAUAUCUCGGAAACUCAUGUAUAUAAGUUUAUCAGUCCAAAACCUUCGGAUAGUGCACUCCCACAACCCGCUCCGCGAACUCUGAAAGAUAAUAAUAUUGCUCCUCGAGAAAAUAAAUUCAAGUAUUCUGAUUUGGAUUCGGAUAUCGAUGAAAUAUUACAGAUAGAAUAAAUUAUUGUAUAACUUAAUUUAAAACAUAGUUGGAUUAUGCAUCGUUUAUACACCGUACACAGUGCAGUUCUUUCUUUUCUGUAGGUAUGUUAUCGUUAAUAUAUUUAAAAAACUAUAUAUAAGGAAAAUACAUACAUAUAUCUGUGAUAAAAACAAAGAUUGAUUCAAAGUUUUCCAAUCUAAUUUUAUUUUUUAAACUAAUAAAAGCAAUUACACGUGUUACACUCUGUUCAAUGGAAGAGUAUCAUCGGAUUAAUGUGUAUAAAUUUUUCGUUGUACAAAUGUUAUAAAAUCUGACACAAAGUUUGAAAAAGUGAGAGAUAUAAAACAGCCUAGUUUUCCUUGGAUUCAUCAUAAGAAAACAUAUCCAAGAGAAUAUAAACGUAAAAACCACCUUUUAAAAAAGUAAAAUACGAUAAAAUCUUACAAAAAUAUAAUUUUA